ACAGACUCAAAUGGAGAAACAUAAAGACAAAACACAAAGUAACCAAAAUUAACGAGGAGAGGGAGAGAGAGAGUAAGCUUAUCACAUUCUUAAAAAAAAGCACGAAAUUCGAGAAUACAUUCAGACACCCAAAGGAUCCCACAGAAACAAAGGCGAUAACUUUCUUUGUUUAUAAAAAAUAAAAUAAAAUCCAGGUCCUGCUUGAAUUAGUAGUUAUAUUGUUUUAGUAAUCUCUGGCUAGUACAUACUCUGUGUACUGCUCUCUCUUCUGUAGCUUUCUUGGAUACUAAUAUAUACUAAAAAAGAAGAAAACCAGAGAAGAAUUUUUUUUUCUCCUAAACGGUUUUUUUCUCUCAUCUUUAGAGAUAAUAAUGAGUCAUUUCGUUCCCGACUUCGAUACCGAUGAUGAUUAUGCCAACGUUAACCCUAAUUCCUCUUCAUCUUCCUCUUUGAAUCUUCCCAGAAAACCCAUUAUGGGUGAAGAAGAUGACCUCAUGGAGCUUCUAUGGCAAAACGGUCAAGUGGUUAUCCAAAAUCAGAGACUCAACAACGCCAACAAGAAACCUCCUUCUUCUUCUGUGAAGCUUCACGGCGGCGGAGUUGCUCCUCCUCCGCCGCCUCCGACGCAUCAGCCGUUAGAUGAGAAUCUCUUUAUCCAGGAAGACGAGAUGGCGUCUUGGCUUCACUAUCCUCUCCGUGAAGAUGAUUUCUGCUCAGAUCUUCUCUUCUCCGCCCAACCAACUGCUCCGGCGACCACCGCACCGAGACCGCCGGUUCCGUCCGCCAGGCCGCCGGUACGCAAUUUCACGAAUUUCUCGAGGCUCAGAGGGAAUUUUACCGGCAGAGGUGAAUCUGGAUCCAAAGCGAUCGUGAGAGAAUCGACGCAGGUAAACCCUAGCGCCACACCGUCUUCGGCGGCGGCGGCGAGCGAAUCCGGUCUAACACGGCGUACAGACGGCAUUGACGGUCGAGGGACGGUUAAUUUCGGAUCCAGCUCCGCCGUGGCGUGCAAUUUCGCCAAGGGAAAGGAAGUGGCCACGACGACGACCGCGACGGCGACGGCGACGGCGACGGCGAGUGAGAUUCCCGGUGCAUCGUCUUCUGUUGCGUCAAAGAGCGAAAACGAGGCGGUGAUUGUUCAACAGGAGACGGCGAACACGACCGUCGAUGAGAGGAAACGAAAGGAGAGAGAAGCCAUUGACGACAGCGAGGAAACAAAACAAGGACGUGGAUCAACAACAUCUACCAAGAGAUCUCGAGCUGCACAAGUUCAUAAUCUCUCUGAAAGGAAACGGAGAGAUAGGAUCAACGAGAGGAUGAAAGCUCUGCAAGAACUCAUUCCUCGCUGCAACAAGUCAGAUAAAGCUUCAAUGCUCGAUGAAGCUAUUGAGUACAUGAAAUCGCUCCAGCUUCAAAUACAGAUGAUGUCAAUGGGAUGCGGUAUGAUGCCAAUGAUGUAUACCGGUAUGCAACACUACAUGCCUCACAUGGCGAUGGGCAUGGAGAUGGGUAUGAACCGGCCUCCUCCUCCGUUUAUGCCAUUCCCCAAUAUGGUAGCCGCUCAAAGACCUUUGCCUACACAGACUCAUAUGAGCAGCUACUCUGUUCAUGCUUCUGACCCAUCAAGAGUCUUAUACCAGCACUUUGAUCCAACAUCAUCGAGCCAUCCUGGUUACAUGGAUCCUUAUCAGCAGUUCCACCAUAUCCAACCACCACAGUUUCAGAAUCAAGCCACAUCGUACCCAAGUUCAAGCAGGGUCAGUAGUAGCAAGGAAUCUGAGGAUCAGGGAAACCAUACAACAGGUUGAGGCCUUGAUCCAGAUGAUCUGUUUUCACAAGCAAACACGAUUUUGAGAAUAUAGACAGACAGAGAGAGAGAGAGAGUGCUAACAUGUAAAUCGCAGUCUCAGAUCUAUUUUUCUGUUUCUGUUCUGUUCUCUCUUCAGGGUCGUGUACUAGUUAAGAGAGCUGUACAUGUCAAGACCCAGAAAUCUAGGAAUCAAAUACAUACAGGUUGCAGAGGCUUAGUGAAGAGAUUAAAUGAGAGAGAGAGAGA